AUGGGGAAUUUGUACACAAGGCGCACGGUUGCCCAAAAGGAUGCACAACCUUGCAUGAUCUGCUUUACGCCUACUACAUGUGUAUUGUUUAAUUCAUCAAUUCAAGAUUGGUUUCAUUGCUGUGAGAUUCACUUUCAGGACAAUCCGGGGUUCGCUAAACCAGUAUACCCUGCGAGCUACCACGAUGCUAUGGACAACUUGAAGGUCGUGAAGCAACAGCUUGAUACUGAAAAAAGCCAAGGAGCACGAACCUGGGAUUCGUGGGUCAACAAAAUGAUUUCAAGAAAACCAAGUAAAGAAGAUGUCAAAUCAGAAGUUGAAGCUGAGGCGAAAGACGAUUCGCGCUCCAAAGAAGAGACUCUAGGAAGCGAGUAUCAAGAAUUAUUAGAUAAAAUAUCCAAGCUACGAAAAGAGCUGCGGACGUACAGUCUAAGCCAAAUCAUGUAUGAGAGUCGCUUGGAUGCAAAGAAGAGAAAUCAUAGCCUCAAAGCGAAACUCAAGCGGGAACAAGAUGCUUACACAAAUACCAAUCCCGAUGAUUUGCAGGCAAAGUUCGCAUUUCCAACUGUUCCUCAGCGAUGA